AUGGCAGUCGGUCCGCAACCAUCCGCGUGCCUGCGCUUUGUCCAGCGCAUCUGUCGCGGCUUCCAGACCGCGUCCGGCCACGAUGCGCUGACCAUCCCGCAGCUGCGCAUCCACCACGCCACGCCGGGCACCAUCCGCGGCACCUUCCAGAUCGGCGCACACAACCUCAACCGCCUCGGCACCCUGCACGGCGGCUGCAUCGCCACGCUCACAGACACGCUCGGCUCGCUUGCCAUCGCCUCCAAGGGCCUCUACUCCACCGGCGUCAGCACCGACAUCAACACGACCUACGUCAAAGCCGCCGGCACAAAGGGCGAUACCAUCAACGUCGAGGGGACCGUGAUCAGUAUGGGCAAGACCCUGGCGUUUACCAGGAUGGAGCUCAGGCACCCUGUGACCGAUACAUUGCUGGCGUAUGGCUCGCAUACCAAGUUUAUCGGCAGGGCUAUGGGGCAUGCGGAGAACGUGAAGUUUGACGAGCAUGGGGAGACGGUGAUUGCUGGCAAACAGCCGGCCGAGUGGUCCGAGGAGUCCAAGAUGUAG